AAUCUUUACCUUGGAAGAAUUAAAUAAAAUAAGAACAAAUGAAAUCGGAUCAGAUACAAUUUUAACUCCAAAUCAAAAAUUAGCUUUUUAUAAUAAAGAAAUACCGAGAAGAAUCAGUGAAAUUAUUGAUAUUAUUUAUAAUAAAGUUUUAAAUGAAAUCAACAACAUUAAAAAUCUUGAAGAUUUUAUCAUUGACUCGCACGGUCAUGAUAAUUCAAUCAUCAUUUUAAACAAAUUUUACAGUAAAACUAAUCAACAAAUUCAAAUUAAUUCAUUAAAAGAUGAACAAACAAGCAUCGAUACAAAAACGCGUGAUGGAAAAUUUUACCUAAGAAAUUUUGAGAUCUAUUUGAAUUUUGUUAAAUUUAAAUUAAAUGAUGAAAAAACUUUUGAUAAAACAUCAUCAUUUUACACUCAAGAAAUGAUAGAAUAUAUUGAUAAAAUCAUAUCCAUAUAUGAAGAAAACAGUAUCGUGUAUUACCAAGUUAUUAUAAAUAGAAUGAACACUUCUACAAACAAAGAAGAUUUUAAAGAUUGA